AUGUCUGACCCGGCUGAGAUGGCGCGCAUCUGGCAAGAGCAGAUGCUCAAGAGCAGGCAGCUGAUCAUCCAGCAGCAGGCCAAGAGCGCAGCCCAAGCGGCGGCCAAGAGCCAGAGGGAGCUCUACAUCGGCAACCUGGCGGCCGGCAUGGUGACGGCAGACGCUCUGCGCCAGGUGUUUGACAGCGCCCUGAUGGCCGCGUACCCGGAGUCAGCCUUGCCGGGCGCGGCUCCCGUGGUCAACUGCAACGUCCACAAGGACGGCAAGUACGGCUUUGUGGAGUUCAGGACGCCGGAGUACGCCACCGCCGCGCUGCAGCUCAACGGCAGCGUGCACCUCAUGGGCACCACCAUCAGCAUCGGCCGCCCCGCGGCAUACAUAGACCCCAACAAGGUGGCGGUGGCGGCGCAGCAAGCGGAGCUGCAGAUCGCAAUGCAGAGGGCCGGCAUUGCACCCGGCGCAGCGGCAAGCGCCGUGAUUGGCGCGCUGCCGCCGCCGCCGCUGAUUCCAGGCGUGCUCCCGCCGCCGCCGGUACUGCCGGGCGUCGCGCCGCCGGCGCCGCCGCCGGGCGGGCCGCCGCCCCCCGGCGCCGCAGCUGUGAGUGUCCCUGGGGUGGCUGCGGCGGCGGGCAACCUGGGCUACAACCUGGCUUCAGAGCCGGGGUACUCUGUCCUGCCGACGCGCUUUGUGGCGGUGGCGGGCAUGGUGACGGCCGAGGUUCUGGCGGACAACGACGAGUACGAGGACGUGGUGGAGGACCUGCGGGACGAGUGCCGCCGCCAUGGCCGCGUGGCGGGGAUCAAGGUCCCACGGCCUGCCAACCCCGCAGACUCCGCCUCACUCAUGUACAGCGGCCCUUAUGGCAAGGCGUAUGUUGAGUUUGAGGGCCCGGAGGGCGCGCAGGCCGCCAAGGACGCCAUCCACGGCCGCGUGUUUGCAGGGAACCUGGUGCAGGCGGUGUUCAUCACGCCGGAGGCCUUUGAGGUGGUGCCAAGCAAGUGA